AUGGAGUUAACAGCAAAAAACACUACUACUGCUACAUCAUCGUCUAUUCUCGUCACGUUCUUCAAAUAUCUACACCGCGCAAUCCAAGACGCCAUUUCAGCAGUCCUCAGAAGCCCUCAAAUCUCCAUUAAUCCCAGCGCGGUGGACGAGGAUGCCGCAUGCAGUAUUUGCAUGGCGGAUGUGAAGGUGGUGAUGGGCAGACUCGGCAUGGCUUGGGAAGACGACGACGAGGAGGAAGAAGAAGAGAGUGAAAGGGUUGUUAUUAAUGGAGGAGGUGAGGAGGAGGCUAGCAUGGGGGAGGUCAAACGAUGUUUCGAUGUGUUUGAUGAGAAUGGGGAUGGGUUGAUAGAAGCAUGUGAGUUGCAAAGAGUUCUUGUUUGUUUGGGCUUGGAAGAGGGGUGUGGGUUGGAGGAUUGCAAGAGGAUGAUUUGGGCUUUUGAUGAGAAUGGUGAUGGGGUGAUUGAUCUUGCUGAGUUUGCCAAACUUAUGGCCCAAAUCUCCAUCUAG